AUGGAAGUUGCUAUUGAGGAGGUCCUUGUCAAUACGAGACACCGGUGGUAUAUGUGGCAGGUUAUGAAUAAAGCUGCUGACAAAUUGCCAAAGAACAUGCUUGGUAGUGAAGAACUAAAGAAUGAACUGAAUGGAUGUGUAUGGUCGGAGUUGAUAGAACCUGAUGCAUUUGAAGAAACUUGGCAUGCUAUAAUGGAAAGAUAUGGGCUGGCCAAUAAUGACUGGGUUUCAUCAAUGUUUGUAUCCAGAAAGUUUUGGGUUCCAGCCUUUUUCCGUGAUUUUCUGAUGAGUUCGUUGAUAAAGACAACUUCUUUGUCUGAAUCACAGAAUAGCUUCUUUAAAAGGUACUCAAAGUCUCGGGCUAACCUGAUGCUAUUUUAUAUGAACUAUAACCAUGCUCUGGAGACUCAAAGAAGAGUGUUUGCCAAUAGAGAGAUUGAAGUAUAUAACGUAAAUGACAAGGAUUCAAACUCAUGGACAAUUACUUACUCCAUUGUUGAUGACACCUAUUUGUGUGGAUGCAAAAAGUUUGAGAGACUUGUUUGUCAAGUGAUACACGAGAAGUUGCGUGGAGGGAGAUGGUUGAAGUCACAGUUUGUGAAGCCAAUACAUGGAGGUUUUUGUGAUGAUCAAGAAAUACACCUUGUUGUGGACAAGAAGAAGAUUGCAUUUAAAAACUUGUAUGCAUUAUUCAUUGAAACAACACAAAGUAUUGAAGGGAACAUUGAUCAAAUUAAUGCAUUUGCUGCAAUUAUUGAAGAAGGUAAGAAGCAGCUUCUCGGAGAAGGUGUUGUUCUGUCUUCAACAGAGAAGAGAGCAUUGAUUGAGAACUUCGAUGGCUCACAAGUUCCGAACUUUAUGGAAGUUCAUCCUCCUGAUGUUGUUAGUACAAAGGGAAGUGGAGGUAGGAAGAAAUCGAAGAAGGAGUCAGCAAUGAAGUUAACAAUGAAACCAGUUCGAAAGUGUGGAAACUGA